UUACAACCAAUUGAUUUCAUUAAAUAAAUUAUCAUCAUCUAACAUUUGUAUUUAUUUAAUUUAUCAUUCAUUUGCAUACUAAAAACGACGGUUUUUAUAUUUAUUUAUCAUGGUUGAACCUCUUCAAAUUCCAGACUUAAUCCUAGAACAUCCGAAUUUAUCUGAAAAAGAUCGCCGAUUAUUAAAAUUUGAUGAAUUUAAAAAAUUAAUUGUUGAUGUCAAACGAAAAUGUGGACAAAGAAUAUCAUCAAUCGAAAUAAAAGAAUUUCUGGACGAAAAACUUUUAUUACCCGCAUCAUUAGUUGAACAACGGCGCCAUAUGGUACAACAAUUGGAAAAUGCUCUAUGUAAACAAAAAUUCCCUUGUAAAUUGCAGAUUUACGGUUCGAUUGGCUCUGGUUUAGCCUUCAAAGAUCAUUCGGAUAUUGAUAUAUUCGUGAGCAUACCCGGCAUUCGCCUUGAUAAUAAACCUUUGAUUUAUCGAGCAGAAAAGUUUGAAAAAAUCCGCGAACUUUUUCGUUCAAUUCGAUCCAUAUUGCGUACUCAUGAAGAUACGCUGUUUCCCUACAAUGUAUUCAUUGAAACAUUAUUACAACGAAAAAUGCGCGUUCCCUUACUUCGUUUAACUAUAUUCAGCGAUAUUUGGGAAAGUAAUGAAUAUCAGGAAUUGAUUCAAUUAUCAAUCAAAUGCGAUCUAAAUGUUAAUUGUGCUCUCGGUUUGACAAACACUCGUUUAAUUCGCUUUCUAUGUAAAUUGGAUGCACGUUUUAAGUCAGUUGCCAUGCUGGUUCGUUUCUGGUCAAAAAACAUAAUAUGCGAACAAAUCCAAUUGUCAUCGUAUGCUGCAACCUUAUUAGUCAUAUUUUAUUUUCAACAAAUAUCAAUUUUCCCAGCUAUUGAACAUCUUAUUGAAUUAUCUGAUUCACUUCGUCCUUAUUACACGAAUGCUUGCCGUUCGGAUUUUUGUACGAACAUAAGUACUGUAACGCGGAAUUUUCCUCAUAAUAUUUGUAAAGAAAAUACUAUUCAAUUAUUCAUCGGUUUUUUUGAAUUUUAUUCACGAUUUGAUUUCAACGCAAAUUAUAUUUGCACACAUACAGCCAAGAUAUUUCCGAAAUUUCGCCCAUCUAAUGUCGUUGAAGUUUAUGAUCCAUUUGACUUGGAUCAUAAUACUACGGGACGUGUCGAUAUUGAAGGACUAGUACGAGAAUUAAUUGAUGGUUACGAAUCUUAUAAAAAUUGAAUUAUAUUCAGACUGAUCAUAUUCGAAUUCCUCGUAAAUAGAUGCUUUAUAUUUAUUCAUUGUAUACUGU